GGGUAAUUGAAAAAUUGGAAAACAAUGGAACGCCAAAUUGCCAUGGCAUACCUUAGCAAAAGAAGAAUACUUAACGCCUUGAAGAUACUGAGUCUUUGUACUAAGGACCGAAAUACCCUCAAUUUGGAAGCUUGGAAACUUGCAGCUCAUUGUAAUCGUUAUCCUGAGGCGUUUGACUCUUAUUUGGAUCCAUCCUUUCUUAUAAGUGACUGUUUGGACAAAGUGCUUCAAGCCUCACAAGAGUGUUUCCUUCAGCCUUUUGUUGACAAGUUGGAACACAUAGAAACAGUAGACGAACUCUUAGAUUUUGUUGAGCAACUAAAGCUAUUAACAGCUUCAGAAGCAACAACCGAAGACAAUUGUGGUCGCUUCGUUCACUUGGAAGGACCUAUAGGACAGUUUUUGCGGAGAGUAGUGAUAGCCUUGGAGAGCCUCUCCUUUGAAGACAUUUGUUUGCUGUUAGAUUCCUGGCAAUCUGUUGAUGUGUCUAAAGAAGAUUUUCAGAACUCAAGUCGCUAUGCUUGGGACUUUGAAGUUCCCUGUAGCUUGUUACCGCAAAAUGACCAUGAAGCUCAUCGAUUACUAGAGGGUUUUAGUUGUGGCAUUAUACCGAUUGAUGAACAAAUAUCCGAAUUUUUAACCAUUUCAACAAAUGACAACCGUACAACAAAGGCUGAACUUGUUAGGUUUAUUCAGUCCAUCGAAAGCGCAGACAUUGUUUCUGCCAUUUCAUCAUUGCACCGUUAUUUUGACAUGGAACUGUGUUCUCUGGAUUGCGGUCCUCAACAGGCUUCGUUGUUGUUGGCAUCUGCGUAUUUUACCUUGGGCAUUCAGCCAAUGUCAAUUGUGAACUUACAUGAAACGAUUAAAGUUUCGCAGCAAGCAGGAGAUAAGCACUGUCAAUUACAAGCACUUUUGUGGCUUUGUCUGGCAGAUAUGAAUAAGAAGCAUUUAUUGAUGGAAAGAGUGAAGGAGCUUGCAAAGGAACCCAGUUAUAACUUACUUGCCGCAGUAAAGCUUGCGGAAUGGAGAAUAUCUGGCAAGGGAGUGCUAUCUUCAGCUGCGUGGAACGAAUCACAACACGAAGAGCAAGUAUCGUUACUCAUUAGAGACUAUAUAGAGAGCUAUCACUCGUCUCCAGGUUCCUCAAACGUGUCACGAAUUGCUUUUUGUCUAUUAGAAGCCGAGAUGUGGCGACUGAAAGGCUUUCUUGACAUCAGCUACAAUAUUUUGGAAGAAUGUUGUUCUCGUGAAGCUAAUUGUUUGUUUUCCUAUUCCUUCUUGCAGUGUAUAUGUGUACUGAGUUUUCUUGACUUGGAACGAGGAAAUUUUGAACGUGCAUUAGAACGAUUUGAACCUGCCAUUCGGUAUCUUUCAUCCACAGAAAGCGAUAGAGCACAACGAAACUUGGACAAGGAUCUCAUUAGGAUACAUGUCCUAUAUGUGUUAUUUUGGAGGUCCGUUUAUCGGCAAGAAAGACAUCCAGCACGAAUUGUAUUAGAAAGAAUAGAAAGUAUGGUUUCUUCAGUAGACUAUAGCAGUAGCAUAGAAUACGCACCUAUGGUCCACAAGGCAAAAUGUGCUUUGGCUCGGUUGGAAGGAGACCAUCAACUUGCACUAAAGAUAUGUAGUGAUUGGGAAAAACUUUCUAUUUCGAGAGAAAAACCGCUCGAUUAUUUGGAAGCCAAAAUUUGUGAAGCAGAAAUAUUUCUACAUGUUAGCGCUCCUGUUAAGGCCUUGUUACCAGCAUUGCAAGUAGCCAAGAUUUCUGAAAUGAACAACAUUGAAUAUUAUAGAUUGAUUGCUAGUCUUAUCGUUAUUGAAGCUCAGUGCCAGAUGCAUCAAUUUGAAACUGCAGAAAGUACUCUCGAAAAGAUUGAGCCUUUGUUAGCUAACGGAAUUCCUCCUUUAUAUCAGGGCAAGGCAUAUUUACUUAGAGUACAUAUCAAAUUCGCUUGUUAUUCACAGAAUGAGUCAGUUGCUACUACUUUUACUGAGACAAAUAAGUUUUUGUCUGCCAUUUUGAAGGAUAUACAACUUGCGCUUGAUUGCUUUCAAAAACUGCAGGCUUUUUCUUAUAUAAGGGAAUGUCACUUCUUAUAUGAAACAAUACAAGAAAUAAGACAAUGUAAAGAUAAAAGUCUAAGAAGUGGAGUUCCUUCUUUCGAUAAAGGGGACUGGUUGCCAACUGAUAACAAGUGCAAUGAGCAAGUUGUAUAUUGUCGAGUUUUGGAGAAACUCAAUAAACUGUAGCCAAACAUUUGAUGAUCGAAACACUGUACAUUAUCCUUUGUCAUUCCAACAGUUCUCCAAACGAUAGAAACCAACCAUCUUUUCCACAUCUCUUCGUCGCAAAGUGAACUAUGAAAUGAACACUAGCAUCGAUUU